UGGCUGUCAUUUUCAUCUGAAACCCAGGAUAUAGUGUUUGUGACAGAUGAGAGAGGCCCAGGGUGACACAACCCUGACCCUGAUAGACCUCCUCCCUCCUCCUCCCCUUGCCCACAGGUCAACCCUUUCAGAGACCGUAUCUGCAGAGUAUUCUCCCACAACGGCAUGUUCUCCUUUGAGGAUGUGCUGGGCAUGGCGUCUGUGUUCAGUGAGCAGGCCUGCCCCAGCCUGAAGAUUGAGUACGCCUUUCGCAUCUACGAUUUUAAUGAGAACGGCUUCAUUGAUGAGGAGGACCUGCAGAGGAUCAUCCUACGGCUGCUCAACAGUGACGACACGUCUGAGGACCUGCUGGUGGACCUCAUGCACCACGUCCUGAGGGAGUCGGAUCUGGACAAUGACAACAUGCUGUCCUUCUCAGAGUUUGAACAUGCAAUGGCCAAGUCUCCAGAUUUCAUGAACUCCUUUCGGAUUCACUUCUGGGGAUGCUGAUGUGGCUGCAAACACCUGGCGUGGCAGCCUCGCGGGAGAACACCGGAAUCUAGUCCCCUCCAGCACUAGAGGGAGCUGGUUUCAAGUAUGACUUUGUCCUGGGCCCACCCUCACCUCUAGAAUAUUCUUUAUUAGAUAAAAUAAAAACCCUUUUCCUUAGCC